GUGUGUAAAUGCCAGUUUCUUACUGAGGGAGCUCUGACUCAGCCUCUCUGGGUGCUCCCUAGAAAUACGACUCCCAUCCUGCCGGCCACAUGAAGCCUCCCACCCCUCUGUGGAAUAUAGACCCCUAUUUAUAGAGCUGGCAAGGCCCGUUAACCCAGGGCUGGUCACAAACUUUUAUUUAAACAGGCACAGCAAUCCACGCGGUGGGUUGUCCAUCGUGACAUAUGAAGGAGGACCAGGAUGUACUUGUUUGAGCGGAGAAAAGAGGGAAAGCAAAUCUAAGAGUCAAAAGGAGGCAGAAGCAGCACGGUGAAGAGCAAGCGGGACAUUAAUGGACAGUAAAGGCUCUACAGUGAAGAAGGUUGACCAAAUGAGUCAAUGAAGAGCAAGAUUUGACUGACGGGACUACAAACCUGCGCACCUGUUGGCACCACGGGCUAUUGUGGGCAGACUGAAGACUGGAUACAGCGUUUGAAGGAAAGUGAUUUGGGGGGGGGAGCAUGAUGAACUUUACACUGGACAACAAAAGAAGAGCAUAAACAAAGAAACAGCAAAACUUGAAAAAACAUCUACAUUUUACUGUAGAAUUGGAGGAAGACAAGGAUUCUACUGCUACUCUAUAAAAUAUAUUAUUUUAAAAUGCACCAUAUCCUAUGAACUGUGCAGAAAAAAAGGUUAAGCUGUAUUUUUGGAAGCAACUGUACAAACGUAUACACAUCUGUGUAUAAAGCCAGCCUGAUCUUGAAAACACUGUUCUAAUUACAAAGUAAGAACAGAGCGGGGGAAAAAACUUACAGACCUUUGUAAUUAAAGUCCAUCCAUAAAAAGAAACCAAUGAAAGGGUGAGGUCCAUGUGAAAGAGGAGAGUAGGCCACAAGAACACCAACGCAGAGAAUUUAACCCAGAAAAACAUCAGCUUCUGAGGGACAUCACACACUAUGGAUGCUCACGGAGGACACUACCUCAACAAGGACGCUGUGCUUUCACCUUUAGGUGCAGCCCGAAUGUGCCAGCUCCUGUUUGGCUGCACCAUAAUAGCCCUGGUGUCCCACAGCGCGGGCUACAGCGCCUCUUAUGGGAUCUUCUGCAUGUUCGUGUGGUGCUUCUGCUUCGCGGUCACCCUGGUCGUGUUCACCUUGGACAUCACGCGGCUCCACGCUUGUAUGCCAAUUUCCUGGGAUAACUUCACCGUGACUUUUGCCAUGCUGGCAACUCUCAUGUACAUCACUGCCUCUGUGGUCUACCCCGUUUAUUUCCUCGACAUUGAGUGGUCUGAUGAGGACUACGAGGUGCAAAUCUACCGCAUUGCUGUCACCGUUUGUUCCAGCAUCUGCGUCUUUCCUUACGCAGUCGAGGUGUUCCUAACGCGAGCCAAACCAGGAACUGUGGUGGGUUACAUGGCCACUGUGUCUGGUCUGCUCAAGGUGGUCCAGGGUUUUGUGGCCUGCAUCAUUUUCGGGGCCUUAGCUAACGAUAGUGAGUACGAUGUCUACGCCGCCAGUCAGUACUGCAUAGUUGUGUACAGCCUGUGUUUCUGCAUCACAGUGAUAGUGGUCAUACUGACAGUGUCCGGCAGAACCUCUGCCCUGAAGUUCCCGUUUGACCGGUUUGUGGUUGUGUACACCUUCUUUGCUGUGGUCCUCUAUCUCAGUACUGCACUGAUCUGGCCCAUCUUCAGCUUUGACAGGAAGUACGGCAACAGUACUCGUCCUGAGGACUGCCCUCGUGGGGAAUGUGCCUGGGACAGUAAGCUGGUGGUUGCAGUUUUCACCAACGUCAACCUGGUAUUAUAUUUUAUUGAUCUUGUUUACUCCCAAAGGAUUCGCUUCAUCUCCAGCUCGACUUGAAAAGCAUCAUCAAUCCCUCUGGCCACAGAGACAAUUACAGAUUGUAUGAAGGACUAAUUUUCUUCGAACUACCAUAAAGUCCUAUAAGUGAGACCUUAUUAUAUCAGUAUUUAUAUAGUUUUGAAUGUCUGUGUUAAAAAACAAAAAACAAAAAAAAAACAACAUGUUACAAACCUUCUGCAGUUCUGAUGUGAACUACCACAGGAAGCUGGUCUCAGCCCAACCCACCUCACGCCUGGUGUUUUCCUACAGUAUUACAAGGACAGACUCAUUCAAUCCUACGAGGACUGAGAAAUGUAUUUAAUUGUAUUUAAACAAUCAGUAGUAACGGAGAAAUGUCCCAACGAUAUGUAUAUAACAUGCUAAGUCUACACUAUGCACUGAAUGUAGAUUUUGGUUUUUAAGCCAUCUUGCAGUAUGUGUCUUUACAGUUUCUUAUAAGGCAUUUAAAUGUAAUUUCAUUAAGGGUUUUUAUGUUUAUUGAAUGUUAAUUGUAUCUAAUUCAUUAAAAUUUUAAAGGCAAACAAGUGACAAUCAUAUUAUACUGAUUGAUUUCUUUCUUGUUACACCCCAUGCAAGUAGCAUUCAUUACCUUGUUGUGUUUCUAAAAUUUUCCUUGAAAUUUUCCCUGUUCAAUAAAUUGC